UUUGUAAAUUUUCCAGUAGAUAGGAAUAACCCAAUUAAAUAUCCCCUGCACAGAGACAUUUGCAUUGCAUCUAGCAAAGACCAGUUCUUUUGGUUUGAACAUCGAUCCCCAUCAAUGGCUCUCGUGAGAACAUCUCAAGGAACCUCCUCUGAUUCCAAAAAAUUUCGGGGUUAUCGCUACGACGUGUUCUUGAGCUUCAGAGGCGAAGACACCCGCAAGACGUUUACCGACCACCUCUACACAGCCUUGAACAAUGCAGGAUUUCUCACGUUCCGAGACGACGAUGAACUUGAGAGAGGAGAAGAUAUAAAGCCAGGACUGCUGAAAGCGAUCCAGCUGUCACGAACUUCUGUUGUCGUGUUUUCGAAAGAUUACGCGUCAUCCAGGUGGUGUCUUGAUGAGCUUGUGCUGAUCCUUGAACGGAAGGAGACCACCUCGGACCAUGUAGUUUUACCAGUCUUCUACGAUGUUGAUCCGUCCCACGUGAGGAAGCAGACAGGAAGUGUUGGAAAAGCAUUUGCUAGAAGCCAGAAAAAUCAGUCGCCGGAAAAGGUGGAGGGAUGGAGGAAGGCACUUGCAGAGAUUGCAGAUCUAGCAGGCAUGGUCUUACAAAAUCAAGCUGAUGGGUACGAAUCAAAGUUUAUCAAGAAAAUUGUUAAAGUGAUUGGAGACAAGUUAAGUCGCACACUAUUGAGUGUUGAACCAAAAUUGAUUGGAAUCCAAUUUCAAGUUGAACGCAUCAAUUUGUGGUUACAAGAUGGAUCAAGUGAUAUUGGUAUACUUCUUGUGUAUGGCAUGUCUGGAGUAGGGAAGACAACCAUUGCAAAACAUGUUUACAAUUCAAAUUUUAGAAGCUUUAAAGGAAGUAGUUUCAUUGAAAAUAUCAAAGAAAGAGCAGAUCGACCAAAUGGCUUAGUUCAAAUACAAAUGCAACUUCUUUCUGAUAUUUUGAUCGGUAGAAAAGUGAAAAUACAAACUGUUAGUGAGGGAAUAAUUAAGAUUGAAAGCGCCAUAAGCUCUAGAAAAGUUCUACUUGUCCUUGAUGAUGUGGACCAUAUGGACCAAUUAGAUGCAGUACUAAAAAUGAAAGAUCGGUUUUAUCCCGGAAGUAAGAUACUUAUAACAACUAGGCGUGAAAGAUUGCUAAGAGCACAUCAAGUUACAAAGGUGUACAAAGUUGAAACUUUGAAUUACAAUGAAUCACUAGAGCUUUUCAGUUGGCAUGCAUUUGGCCAGAACCGUCCCACAGAAAAUUACAUGGAGCAUUCAAAAAUGGUAGUGCAAUAUAGCGGCGGACUUCCAUUAGCUCUAAAAGUUUUGGGUUCUUCUUUAUCAGGGGAAAGUAUAGAUGUAUGGGAAAGUGCAUUGGAGAAGCUAAAAGUUAUCCCCAAUGGUGAAAUCAUGAAUAAACUAAGAAUAAGUUAUGACAAUUUACAAGAUGACCAUGACCAGAAAUUAUUCCUCCACAUUGCUUGUUUCCUAAUAGGAAGGGACAAAAACUACAUUGUUAGAAUACUCGAUGGAUGUGAUUUCUGCACAAUUGUUGGCAUUCAAAAUCUCAUUGAUAGAUGCUUGGUAACAAUUGAUGGAUACAACAACAUGCAAAUGCAUGACAUGAUCCGUGACAUGGGAAGAGAAAUUGUUCGCCAUGAAUCAGAAGAGUCUGGAAAACGUAGUAGAUUAUGGCGCCAUAAGGAUUCUUUCGAAGUACUGAGGGAAAAGAAUGGUACACAAACAAUUCAAGGUCUUGCCCUGGAUAUGCAUAUGCAUCUUGCAAACAGACCAAUAAACACAAAUGAGACCGUCUUGGAAACCAAUGCAUUUGAAAGGAUGCGCAAUUUACAACUACUCCAUCUUAGUCAUGUAAGACUGCAUGGAUGUUAUGCAGAUUUCCCUACAAGAUUAAGAUGGUUGUGUUGGCUUCAAUUUCCAUUGGAUUCUAUACCUGUUGAUCUUCCUUUGGAGUGUCUAAUUGUUCUUGAAAUGCAACAUAGUAGCUUAAGACAAGUCUGGAAGGGAACAAAAUUUCUUCCAUCGUUGAAGAUCCUUGAUGUCAGCCAUUCCCAUUCCCUCAUUGAAAUCAUGGACUUCACACUUUGCCCUAGUCUAGAAGAAUUGAUUCUUGUUGAUUGCACCAGCCUGAUUGAUGUUCAUGAGUCCAUUGGAAACCUGGAGAGACUCGUGUACUUGAAUACGAAGGAUUGCAAGAAUCUUAGGAUGCUUCCGAAGAACAUGUGCAUGCUUAAAUCACUUGAAAAACUCAUUUUAUCUGGCUGCUCAAAUCUUGAAGAGCUUCCAGUGGAGAUGAUGAAGAAGAUGGUGUCUCUGAAAGUACUUGAAAUAGAUGGAAUUCCAAUAAGUGAAUUGUGGCCAGAAAGAAGUUCAACUAUCUUGAGUUCUUUUCCAUGCUCUUUACUAGAGUUAAGUCUCAAGGGGUGCAAUCUUUCUGAUGAUGCCUUUUGUAGGGAUUUAAGUAGUCUAUCCUCGUUGCGAAGACUAACAUUAGAUGAGAAUCCAAUUUGCAGUCUGCCAAGUUUCAUCAAAGGUUUGAGGAGGCUCGAUAAACUGUCUUUCGAGUAUUGUAAUAGACUCGAAUCGCUUGUGGGGUUGCCGAAAGUACACGAAAGCAUGAAUGUAUCCGGAUGCACAUCAUUGAAAAAAGUAACAUAUCAAUCGUUUAGAGCGUUCCCUCUACAGAUCCUUGGGGAACACAUCGACAAAAUAGUUGAGUGGGAGUACCUUUUCAAGUUAGAGCCUAUUGAAAAUGUUGAUGCGGAAAUGAUCAAACUUUUGGGAUUGUGCAACUUGGGAUCCAUGCCUGCAAUUCGAAUGGACAGCCUAUAUUAUCCCUUGAAUACAGAAGAGGAUAGAUGGAGUCUUGUCCAGGGACUGUAUCAAUAUGGUAUAUUCAGCACAUUUUUUGUUGGGAAUGAGGUUCCAGGCCGGUUCAGCUAUAAAAGUACCAAGUCCUCCAUAUCUUUUAGUGUCCCUUUACUCCCUUCUAGUCACAGAAUCCGAGGCUUGAACAUCUUUGCUACCUAUAAUGAUGAUGCAAACAAGGAGAAUUCUAAUAAUGAUUAUUUGUUUUCAAAUAUAAUCAAAGUGAGUAACGAGAGCAAGGGUCUGAAGUGGAUCUAUAGCCCAGCAUUCUUUGGUAUCCCAGGUGACGGAGAAGAUAUGAUAUGGUUGAGCCAUUGGAAGAUGGAGAACGAAAUAAUAUUACAAUGUGGAGAUCAAGUGGUGGUUUCAGUAAUGGCCGGACCAGAUAAGUUGUUUCGGAUAAAGGAGUUUGGUGUCGAGCUUAUGCAAGAGCACCAGAAUAAUAUGAUGAUAAGUACCCAACACAACACCAAAUCAGAUCCUCAUUCUCCAUGUGUCAUCGGUGGAGAUUUGUCCUUAUGGGAGCAUAUACCAGGAAUAUACUGCCUUGGUUUCGAUGGCGAAAUUGUUGAAGAGAGAUGGUUUAAUCGCCUCAUCAUGGACACUGACGAAGAAGACACAGACAAAGAAGGGCAAGAGGAUGAACUUGAUUACACAAUUGCAAGGACAAGGGCUGCCAGUAACAACUGUGGCCUCAGAGGCUGGAAGGUGCUCGUCACAGCUGCCGGAUUAUUUUUCACGCUUGCUCUAGUAGUUCGGUCCUCCAUCUCCCAGAAAAAGAAGCAACACUAGUCCACAAGCCAUCCAUGAGUUUGUAAUUUUAUUUGAUACAGACAUCUUUGGGUUCCCUCCUAGUUUUCAAGUUGUUUUCUGCCUUCAAAAUAUUGAAGUUUCCAGAUGUGUUCAACAUCAUCAACUAUCGCAUAAAUAUAGCAUAAAAUACAUCCA